CACACCUCGCGCUCGUAAUAUUAUCGGUAUUCGUUUUAGUGCACGCGCGUACACACCCUCGAUUUGUUUUUCGACAACAAGAAAAAAAAACAAAAAAAACAGGACAAAGAGACGGAUAUAUUUUUGUCAUCGUUUUUCCGCUUUCGGGGGUCAACCCAAAAAGUUGACGGUUAUUUUGAGUCUUCGUGUUUUCGUUCGUCCGUGCGUCGGAAUUGUGUGGGUCGACAACGACGAGAGACGCUCCGCCGAUCCGACACCAUGGAGUUUCGUACCUUCGUCAUGAUCCUGCUGUUCGCGGCCUGUCUCGCGGAGGACGCGGAUCACGUCAAGGGCGGCGGCAACAGCAUCAAUAACCCGACGACGACGACGGCGACGUCGCCGGACGAGCCCCCGGAGGGCUACUACGCGUUCGUCGAGUCGCCGAACGCCGAGCCGCCCAAGGUCAGGCCGCCGCCCUACGCCAACAGCGACAAGGAGUGCCACGAUACGACGACGGCCAACAACAAGCAGGCAGGCGGCAAGGGCUUCGUCUCGGUGCACAACAUCUGCGGCGAUCUCAACAAGGGCUUCAUACCCAAGAACCCGAUGAAUCACAAGUUCGGCGAGCAGUCAUAUCCUUUUGAGUUGAUAAAGAAUCACACGUUGAAGUUCUUGAGCAAGGCCCUGCCGAUCCUCAAAGCCGACGACUCGCUGCCCAAAGUCGCCAAGGUUCAACCCUUCUCGCAAAAUUCAGUCGAUACCGACCAGAAGCGCAGCAUCAGACGUAAAAAGAGAUCCACCAGCCCUACGGCCGCCACCGCCGAGUCCAGCGACACGACUCGAAGCGCCCGAAAGUUCUGCGAAAACGGCGGUGGAGUAGUCUGCAUGCUGUACAAAGCCAUCCAAGGCGAGCCACUGUCCCAACCGGCGGCCGAGCGUCGCGACGAUCCGCCCUCGAUUUCCUCCGGCGCUCCCAAUCUCGAGUACAGACAGCGAACGCCCAGCAGCGUCGGUGGCGGCGGUGCCAGCAGCAACGUCAUCGUCGACGGCGGCGGCAAGAGCGAGUACACCGGGCCCCCGACACCCUGCCCGGCCAAGGUCGAGUACGCCACGCCCGUCUUCGCCAAGAAUUACCAGGGCGUCUGGCGCUACGUCGUGCAGAUCCCGUACGAGGGCUACUUCACGCAGACCAUCGAGGUGACGCGCUGCAUGCAGUCCCGCUGCCACUAUCUGGACGGCGGCUGUCUGUCGUCGCCGCGCUGGACCUCGCUGCUCGUCGCCGAGAUCUUCUAUCCGGACACCUUCCUCGAGGAGAGCGGAAUCGGUAACGGGGUCGUGAUGGCUGGAAACGGAGUCAACGGCGGUGGAAGUGGACAACAGCAGCAACAACAGCAGCAGGGCAGCAACAACGGACGAUUCCCCGGGCCGAGGGAUCCGGUGGCCGGCUCGCCGCCGCCCGUGCACGACUUCCAGAAUUACCAGCAGUACCUGCAGAAGCGAGCCGGCGAGAGCGAGGGUCGCAGCAGCGGUGGCGGUUCUUCGUCCUCCUCCUCCUCCUCAUCGUCCUCGUCGUCCUCGUCCUCGUCGCCGGCUGGACAUCACUGCGACGGCGUGGACGACAUGGGCUGCUUCCAGGUCCGACUCUACUACGACUGGUUCUUGGUGCCCGGUAGCUGCAAGUGCUGGCGACCCGAUUACUUUAACCGUUACGUGCGCCGCAGCAAUCCUAGCUCGGAUCUUUGAAUCAUGCAUGCGGGCGAGCACACACACUCGAGCCGGCAUCGUAAAUAGCACGAGCACGUGUGUGUGUGUAUGCAGUAUGUGUGUGGCUUUGACGUUUCGAUCUCGAUCAGUAUAUGAUAUAUGUACGACACGCGUUUUAUUUAAAUAUUUAUCGAUACCGACACGGAGCAAUAGAGGAGGCCAACGACUGUGUGAGGAUGCGAUGAUGAAAAAUACUCAUUGAUGAACGAUUGUAUUUAUAUUUGUGUUUAAGUAGUGCAGUAUAUGGACGUUAGUUUGUUUUUUUAACUAUAUCGCGAACGAUAAAUUUGACAAAAAUAGUAACGAUGUAGGGAUGAAAUCCUCAAGUCUAACAGUUAAAUCACAUCUCUUCGCAGCUCUGAAAAGAUUCACCUGUCCGGAAAAAUUCAAGAAAUUUCUUAUCACAGCUGCGAAGAGAUGUGAUUUAACUGUUAGACUUGGGAAUUUCAUCUGCGUGAAUUACAAAUCUGCUUUGUGCCACCUGGCGGCGACGCGUCUCACUAUACUUCGCGUACAUCGACGUAUAGUCCAAGUUCUUCCGUUCGACGACUGACCUUUUGAUAAAUAUUUACGUAUCUAAUAUAAAUACGAUAAAGAAAUUCUGUUCCUCGUGGAGGCGGCGAUGUUUUUUUUUUCUUUUUGUGCUGAUUUCGAUUUUUCAAUACUACAAUGGACAAAGAAAUUCCACGGCGAACAGACGAUUACAUUAUAAUAUAUAGUAAUAAGGCGAUUUCACUACAAGAAGAAAAAAGUUUUUGCUAUCUAUAUGCGAUAAUUAUAUAAUUUAAAAAAGCUCUAUAAUUAAUUAAUCACUUCUUUCUUCUUUAUUUCCAUAAUAUAUGUCUAACUUAUUUUGUAGAUAAAAUUCCUCGCGCAGAUAUAGUUCAUUACCGUCAACGUAAUAGAAUGUGGUGCGCGGGAAUGUAAUAGCUCGACUUUUAGCUGUAGCCUAUAGAUAUCUUAGAAAAUAUAUCGCAAGAAAAUCGAUGCAAGUUGUAAAAAAAUUUAUUUUCAAUUCUU